AUGCCUUUGGACCUAGCCAACCCGGAUCGCAAGAUCAACGUGGGAAUCAUUCUCACGGGAGGAAUCACCGAGAUCCUGGACGUCGCUCCGAUUGAUUUGAUCCACGGCAUGACCCCAGAACUCAUAGCACCGCUGCCCCUCCCAGAGCCUAUGAAAGCGCAGGCCCUCGAUCUCGCAUUCUUCUGGAUCACCGAGCACGGUAAACCAGCUAGGAUGUCGAGUGGCGCGACGAUGCAAGCAACGCAUUCGUUCGCCAACGCCCCGACCAUCGACAUCGCACUCAUGGGCGCCCACAACCUUGGCUAUAACCCCAGCGAAACCGAGCUGGCGUACGUGCGCAAAGUGUUCGACGAGUGCGCCGCCUUUCUCACCAUCUGCGGGGGGUUUGAGAAUCUGCUCCGUGCCGGACUGCUAGUCGGCAAGACGGCCACGGCACCACGUUUCAUGCUUCCGCAAUUGCAAAAAGACGCUCCGAACACCAAGUGGGUGGAGCAGCGCUGGGCUCGCGACGGCAAGGUCUGGACUACCGGCGCGCUGUUGUGUGGGCCGGGCAUGAUGAGGGCCUUUGCGCAGGAUACGUGGCACAAUAAGCCAGAGAUGGUCAAUAUCAUGCUCGAUAUUGGGAACGCUCCUGGCCGAGAGACUGCGUAUUAG